CAGAGACCGAUCCUGAUCGGGGCAGAUACUUUCCUAAAGGACUCAUCAGGACCCACGAAACCCAAAGGAUCUCUUCUCACCAGGACCUUCCGAACCCUGCAGAUCCCUGCUCACCGGGACCUUCCGAACCCUGCAGAUCCCUGCUCACCGGGACCUUCCGAACCCUGCAGAUCCCUGCUCACCGGGACCUUCCGAACCCUGCAGAUCCCUGCUCACCGGGACCUUCCGAACCCUGCAGAUCCCUGCUCACCGGGACCUUCCCAACCCUGCAGAUCCCUGCUCACCGGGACCUUCCGAACCCUGCAGAUCCCUGCUCACCAGGACCUUCCGAACCCUGCAGAUCCCUGCUCACCAGGACCGUCUGAACCCUUCAGAUCCCUGCUCACCGGGACCAUUCCAACCCUGCAGGUCCCUGCUCACCGGGACCUUCCCAACCCUGCAGGUCCCUUACCCAUCUGGACCACUUCUCCAGCCAUGAGCCAGACAGAGAUGUCCACCUGCUCCAUCCCUCACACUCAGAGGGUUUUCCAAGAGGCAGUGAGGAAGGGCAACACCAAGGAGCUCCAGUCCCUUCUGCAGAACAUGACCAACUGUGAGUUUAAUGUCAACUCCUUUGGACCAGAGGGUCAGACAGCCCUCCACCAGUCUGUGAUAGAUGGCAACCUGGAGCUGGUGAAGCUACUGGUCAAGUUUGGGGCAGACAUCAGAUUGGCCAACAGGGAUGGUUGGAGUGCCCUGCACAUAGCAGCUUAUGGUGGCCACCAAGACAUUGUCCUCUAUCUCAUCACUAAGGCCAAAUAUUCUUCCAGCAGCCGGUAACCUUCUCCAGGACAUGGACUUCCCAAGGCUUCCUUUUGUGGUUUUGAAGUGGUGGGGGUUUAAAUUUUUGUCUUAACAUCCCCCCCACCCCAAAGCAAAGCCCCUGAUUUAGGGGCUUGGGAUCACCUCCCACCCGACUUUCGAUUCAUUUCAUGGGAUCCCCUGUCAUUGCUGGUUACUAAUCCGUGUCUCCUUUCUUCAUAGUA